AUGACCUCCAUCAACCAAGCACUAGCAAACGAAUCAAGCUCAGACACAUCUCAAGAACCCACCAUGCAAAGAGCCGCCGCAGCCUCCUCCUCGGCCGCCUCCCACGGCGGCGACCACCUCCUGCAGGGCGGCCACGCCAUCCUCAAGGACGACCCCGAACCCAUGGCCCAGGACGUCACCUCCAACACCAGGAACGUCUCGGAAGCCGCUUCGCAGCAGCACCAGCAGCCGCACGGCUACGGAGGCACCAAGGCGUCCGACUUGGAGCAGGCUGGUGGCGGCGUGGGCGAGGGUGCCAGGAAGCGGGAUACGCAGAGCCAUCCUGGGCGAAUCAUGGGAGAAACAUAA